AUGCCACUAUCAUCUGCACUUCAAGCACGUUUAAUUGAACGUGGUAUUCUUAAUGCUACGAAUAUUAAUGCUGCGCUUGAUGCUAGUGCUGAAAAUGAUGAAAAAAGCGAAGAAGUAUUUGCUGAAAGUUAUGAUGAACGUGAUGAUCAUCAUUCAUCAUCAACAAUACCAAAAAAAACUGUUUCAAGUAAUUUCUCAGCUGCGGAUGUUCAAAUUGAAUUUGAAGAAUGUAUUAAAUGUCCCAAUAAAUGGAAUCCGUAUCAUACUUGUGUUGAAUAUUGUAAAAAAAGAUAUGGUAUUAAACAGUAUACACCAGAUCCAGCAACUGAAAAACGUCGUAGAAAAAUGUUGAAAAAAUAUCCAUUACCAAGCAAUUGGCGUGAAGUAUCUGAUGCUAAUUUAGAUCGAUGUUAUUACUGGAAUUUAGAAACCGAUGAAGUAUCAUGGUUACCACCUUCUCAUCCACGUUCACAUAUAACUCAAUCAGCUAUUAAAUUAAAACAAAAAGAACUGGAAAAAAAAACUGCAGAAGCACAAAAACAAGCAUCAGGAUCAUCGAAAAAGAAGAAGAAAAAGAAAAAUUCAAAUGAUGCUGGAGAACGAUCAGAUACAGAUGAAGAAGAUUUAAAUCCUGUACAAAAAUUAAAACGUAAAAUUGGUAAGUACAUCAAAUUAAUCUAA